UCUUUCUCUCUGCAACUCUCUCAUGUUGAUGUGAUUCUCCACCCACACCCACACCCACACACACACACACCCCUCCAAAUUAAGAACCCAUCAAACUUUUAGAAAAGAGAAAGCUCUCUAAUCAACAAGAACUAUGGUCUUCCCAUCCCUUCCAAUCUAUCAAGAUCCACCCAACUGGUCACAACAUCAACCUAAUCAGCAGCAAGCAGGAAUUGGAAACCAGAUUCCACUACCUCCUCAGCCACAACCUUCAAGCGUAGCCGUUGGAUCAUCAGGUGGUUGUUACCAAGGGUCUAUAAGACCAGGAUCAAUGGCUGAUAGAGCUCGGUUAGCAAAGAUUCACCAACCAGAUGCAUCACUGAAAUGUCCACGAUGUGAAUCAACAAACACAAAGUUCUGUUACUAUAAUAACUACAGUCUUUCACAGCCUCGCCAUUUUUGCAAGACUUGCCGUCGUUACUGGACAAGAGGAGGUGCACUCAGAAACGUUCCUGUUGGUGGUGGCUGUAGAAGAAACAAAAGAACCAAAGGAACCACUACUUCAAAAUCUUCUAUGAAAGCUUCUGGUUCUACUUCUGCAAGUGCAAAUUCUUCUUCUAGUGGCUGCACUAAUGAUGUGUUGGGUCAUUUGCCAAAUCAAUUACCAUUCUUGGCUUCUUUGCAUCAUUAUAGUACUAGUGACUUUGUUUCUGGGAACAUUGGCUCGCAUUUUGGGGCAAUCCCAACAACAUCGUUGGUGGCAAGAAAUGGCAACAAUACUAGUACUGAGUUUCAAGUUGGUACUACUAGUUCAUCACUUGGUAAUAAUGGUAGUUCUGUGAUGUCAAAUGGACUUGGUGACCAAUGGAGGUUUCCCAAUCUGCAACAAGUUCAUCAUCAUCAUCAUCAGCAGCAGCAGCAGCAGCAUCAACAGUUCCCUUUUAUGACUAAUCUGGAACCACAAAUUGGGUUGUUUCAGUUUGGUGGAGAAAAUGCUGAACAGCCAAGUUAUGUAAUAAAAGAUGGUGGCAGGUUUCGUAAUUUUAAGGCAAUGGAUUCUAGUGUAAGUGGAAUAAAAAUGGAAGAAAAUCAAGGGUUGAGUUUGCCAAAAAAUGUCUUGAGUAGUUCAGGAAAUGAUCUAUUUUGGACUUCAAGUGGCAAUAAUGCAUGGAGUGAAGUUCCUAGCUUCACUCCUCCAACGAACCACUUAUUGUGAUAAAUCCUUGGAAUCAAUCUAGCUACUCCAAUUCUGCUGUUUUCGCUUUAAUCAUAGAAAUGAUCAAAGGUAUAAGGGUUAGAAUCAAUAACUUGCUAACCAUGCAUGGAAAGGAGUUCCACCCUCUAUGAGUCUUACGAGAAUAGAUGGGAAAGAAGGACCAGGAACACUUUGUAUUACCUCAAGAAGCGAAAAAAUGGUACGCAACUCUUCAAGUUAUUUCCAUUUCCCAUCAAUGGACAUCAUUAAUAUUUUUUUGUUGUACUCCAAGUAUGAACAUGUAGCUAGAGAAGUUGGUGUAUUUGUUUAUAUGACAUGAACGGUUGAGCUUAUAUUAGUAAUUGUGUGCAGCUAUAUGUAUGUGGACUAGAGCUUUUUGU